CAUUUUCGAACACAUCCAUGGUACCUUAAGAAGAAGAAAGUGGUUACGGUACCUUUUCAGAAAAUUGACGGCUUUCCUCACGAUACGAAUCGGAGUAAACAAACGUUAGGUUAAUCUCGUACUUGCUUUGAGAUAUUGUUAAUUGAAAUCAUCUACAUAAUUGUCCUUUCGACGUGACAACGAUCAAUUAUAAGGUUUUUUUUAAAACUAGCACGAUUAUAAUAAAACGCGCGGACGAGGUAGAGAGAAGUUUAAUCGAUGCAAAAUGCAAGCAGAGGUAAACGGCAUAUUGGAAGAGUCGCUGCAAAAGGCCAGAGAAUAUGACAGGAAUGGAAAUGUUGGAAAAGCUUUUGCAUAUUACAUUAUCUUCGCGGAGUUCUCCGCAAGGAGAUCGGAAAUUGAAGAAGCGUUUACAGAUGUGUUGUGCGAGUGGGGAAUGCAGCUAGCGAGGGAGAACAAGUUUUCAGAUGUUGAGAGCUGCUACAAAGUUUCCUUAGGCAUUUACCCAAACAACCCUCGUAUGCUAAAUAAUUUUGCGGCGCACCUGUUAAGGAAUAACGAUCCCAUAAGGGCGAUAGAAUAUUUAAAAAGAGCUUUGAAAGUUGAUGUUAACUUUCUACCGGCAGAGCGGAACUUGCAAAAUGCGUAUAGUAUGGCGGUGGACAGGUGGCAUUUCACGAUGCUCAAUGACAAGCAGAGAAACAAUGCUUUUGAGCAGGCCAUACGUAAGAGAGUCGGUCAGGGCUACGAUACGGUGCUGGACGUAGGGACUGGUACGGGCAUUUUGAGCCUGUACGCGAGAGAUGCCGGGGCGACGAAGGUUUACGCAUGUGAAUGCUCUGAAGCGAUGGCGCUGAUCGGAAAGGAAGUGUUCAAGUCUAACAACGCGACCGACAUAAAGUUGAUAUCGAAGCUAUCGUUCGACCUUGAAGUACCUGUGGAUAUUCCAGAGAGAGUGAAACUAAUAGUGACCGAAACGUUUGACGCUGGCUUAUUUGGAGAGCUCGUAAUACCGUCUAUGAUUAACGUGCACAUGAACGUUUUAGAUGCCAGUGGUAUGGUAAUACCUAUGGGCGCGACGGUUUACACGGCAGCCGUUGAAUGUAAAUACAUUAGAUGUAGAUCGUCGGUGGUUUUUGACGAAGUGAAGUAUCACUGUCCUCUGAACUUUGACAACGUAUCUGUACUGUCGGACGACGAGUAUUACGAUACGGAAAACCUGGAAAGAGUUCAAAUUAAUUACGUCACAGAGCCGCAGGUGCUCUUUACCGUGAAUUUUAACGAUUUGCUAGAAUUGUGCGAAUUCGGCAAGGAUGGGAUUAAGCAGAUGCUGCAAACAAAAUGUAAAUACGACGGCAUCAUAGAUGGUUUAGUAACUUGGUUCAAGUUGCAUCUGGACGAGGAGAUCACUCUGGACUCCUCGGAUGGAAGGUCUUGUUGGCAAUUCGCGGUUUUCCCGACGACACCGGCCGUGUGUCGCAAAGGUGACGUCUUGUCGAUAAAAGCGGAAACCGUGAAGGGCAAACUGAAAUGUUCUUAUAGCGCGAGCGAUGCGCGAUUCAGCGAAAACUGUAAAACUUCGUAUCGUUUGUCGAAAGAAGUCAUCGCCUUCCUGAAUGACUUCGAUUACGUCAAACUGCUCACAGAAAUCGGUAGAUCUCACGAGAGUAGAAAAACGAAAUAUAUUUUAGAUACUUCGCCUUUUCCAAUCUACGGAUUGACUCUUUUAAAGGAGUGUAAAGAUAGUGAGAUUUUAUAUUACAAAACUGACAAUCCAACGCUACGUGUUCUGAUUGAACAAGUAGCCCGUGAUAGCGGACUGCAAGGGAAAGUGCAAACGAUAUCGAACUACGAGGAGAUUCCAUGUUCUUUAGAUUCCAUAUUUAUUCACAACUUUGACAUCAAGGGUGAAUUGAAAGACGAUGAGGAUAGUUGUUUUGAAAUUUCCAGGAGGUUACUUAAAACGAACGGCGUGUUGUUGCCGGAAAAGAUUUUCCUUGUCGGACAAUUAGUAUAUUCGGAAGAUUUGCCAAAUAUGGUUUAUGUGCAAGACGCAAAUCUCCAAAGUUCGUUUAAUACUUCUAUCGAUAUGAGUUCGAACAGUAAUGAUGGUCUACAUAUGCGGGAUAAUAGAGCAAAUAAAGUAAAUAAAAGUACAAAUUACAUAAUUGCUGAAUACAUUAAUAAAUACAAGAUCAACCAGAUAUUUGAUUUAAAUUCGAGCUUAUAUUCGUGUGAGAUUAUGUCCGAGGUGCGAAUACUGGUAGAAGUAAAUGAAACAGUGACUACCGAAACGAUCGUAAAUUUUGACGAAAUAAGUAACAAAGGGAAAAAUUUACCAAAUGCCUUAAUAUGUUGGUACAAGGUCCAGCUCAGUCCACAUCAUGUACAUGAUACAAAGAAGAAUGACUCUUUCAUGAAUCAUACGGCAAUCGUUUUAGAAGAUGAACUGAGAGAUAUUAUUCUGAGAGAUAAAGAAGUAAAAAUUAAAGUUCACCAAAUGAAAGGUUUAGUGAAGAUUACAAUACUAAAUUUGUAAAAGUUUAUAAGAUA